GUUUCUUGAAGUGCUGGAUUGGGUAGAACAGGUACCUUCAUAGCCUUAGACGCCCUCUACCGGCACGGUUUGGAAUCAGGAUCUGUAAAUGUGUCUGAAUAUGUCACUCAAAUGCGAGAUGACAGAAUGAAUAUGGUACAAGGAGAGGAUCAGUACAAAAUGAUUUACACUGCUUUGUAUGAAUCAUUCAGAGGACACCUUCGCCCAGUUACGGAUAAAUUAUUUCUGUCAGACCACCAGACUUUAAAUUCUAAACAUCAAGAAGAUGAAAUUAAAAAAGAACAAGAGGCUGAUGAUUUUAAGGAGCUCGAAUCACUCAAAAUACAGUACGAUAAAACUGAAAAAUCUGCACAGAACAAUGCUGCAUCUAAUUUUACACCAACUGUUAUGCCAGUUGAGAAAUAUAGAUGUCAUGUGCUCUCUGACGAUGGUGAACCGGUUUACUACAACGCUGUCAUUCUUCAGUCAUUCACGAAACCCGAUGGUCUUAUCAGUGCCCAGUAUCCACUUGAGGACCAGUGUGAAGAUUUCCUGUAUCUUGUAAAAGAGAGCAGACCUGGUACUGUAGUUUUUCUUGGGCGGCUUGAAGAUAUUCCCUCGACAAAGAUCUGGUUUCCAUCAAAGAAUAAUUGCAAGGCUGUUGGAAAAUUUACAAUAAAAAUGACAAAGUGUAUCCCUUCAGCUGAAGUCACCAAAACUAAUAUCAUUAUUCAGGGAAAGGGCUUCAAGGACAUCCCUUUAUCUGUUUUGGAAUGCAACUUUUGGAAAGGUGAUGCUUUAACUGCCGAUUGUAAGAAAGUAGUAGAGGCAAUCAAGGAAACAAGACUGGAAGAAUCGACACAUUCAAACAAAAGAACAAUUGUCUUCUCAAGUGACGGGGCUAAACGUUGCGGUCCAUUCUUUGUCGCCUAUAAUGUGAUAGAGCAGUUUAUCCUCGACAAGGAAAUCGAUAUUUUUACAGCAACACGACUGAUACAAAUUCGAAGACCGGAAUUUAUUUCCACUCCUGAGGAAUACCAGUUCUGUCAUGAUCUUGUAGCAGAAUACCUACAGGCUGAUACGAUAUAUGACAACUUAAACUCUAAACAUUAAGAGCCAGAAGACCACAUACGACAUAAAGAACAUCAUUUUGUUGAAGUUCUGUAUCACAUUUGUAAGAUAUUUGGAAAACAUACACAAUUAAUGUAAAAAUAUUAUAAAGAAUAGAUCGACAUUAAAUAUAUUUCAAUUUUAUUGACCUCCUAGGUAAAUUGUAAAAACUACUAAUCUAUUUAAUCUGAUUGCAAUAUUUCUAUGGUAUCUACAUGUAUCUGUGUUAACUGUUUCUUCAAAUCUUUGGUAAUAUAUUACCCUUUACCUUGUACAUGUUGUCAACAGAACGUAUGUUCAAAUGUUUUCUUCUUUGAUUAUAUCCAUUACCUUUCCACUCUGAAAACAUAAUUUUUUGGAAAAUGUCCUUAAUUUACAAAGAUAUUCAAAGUAAUAAGUAUUAUGGACAAUUUGUCCUCGAUAAUUAAUAAGAAAUAAUAUAUUUAAGUUUGAUUUUCAAUUACUCUUUUUUUAGUUUCAUAUUCUUUAGCAUUAGCACUAAAGUACAUGUGCAGAUUUUUACAAGUUGAACGAAUUCUUGUGUCCCAAUAAACGAAGACUCGAUAUAUGUAUGUUUUUGCCCUGUAUGUCUAGGGCUUAAUUUGUCUGCAAAAACAAAACUUGCCAAUAACUUCCAGCUGAAAUUAUGGGUAACAUAUUUCAUGCACCUAAGAAUUCCUUUUUAACAAAAUAUUUCUUUGGUACCAAUACAUUUGACCUCUAGUAGUUUGACCAACUUUUGCAAAAUUAUACUUUCAGAUUGACCUAACAUUUGAACAGUUGGAGAUGGGCUUUUAUACUUUAUUAGUAUAUUUCUCAACGUAGAUAUUUUCCUCUGGUAUUGAUAAUUUUGAAGUACAUGUAUUGAUAUUUACCUUGCAUUUUAACAUACUUUAAAAUAUGAGUUUGGUCGUAUUUUGGAAAUGUGUAGGGGCUUUUGAAUUUCAGAGGUGUAUUUGGUGUGACAAAACCGGUCAAUAAUCUUGACAUUCGUUUUUAAGUUUGACCUACUUUAAAAUCUUUAAACAAGGCCAAAUAUUUCUACAGGUAGUGCCUGAGAUUUUAUAUUUCACACGUGUAUUCCUUUUAAAAAGACUUCUUUUUUUUAACAAUUUUGACCUUCCACCCUGUUUUUUCUUAUGACGUUGAAAUUUAUCUUGCAAUUGAUAAACUUUAACCUUCAGUCUUGAGCUUCUAUAUGGUGACAUCAGUGUUUCAUUCACACAACUUGUUAUAUCUUGUUAAAAGGAGAUAACUUUUAUAGUUUUUCUUCAAAUUAAGAAAUUAAUUAUCCUUUAGUAUAUCCUAUAUUAUAAUUGUAUUAUACUUAAUAUGUAUUUUCUGCUUUUGUAAUGUUAAUUCGUUGUAAAAUUAAUGAAAUAUAUGGAGAUGUAUAAUUAAAUCAAAUUAAAUUAGUUUUAAUCAAUAGCAUUUUUCUGAUAAUAAAGAUGGAUUUUAUGUUGUUUACAUCCCAUUCUAGAAUUUUCACGCAGGUAGAGAGGUCAAGAUGCCGUUAAACAGUGUGGUAAAAAUAGCUUGAAAAGCUGACUUAUAAUUUUUUUUUCUUAUGUCAUACUUUCGUGUUAAAAUUAUUUUUUUCAAUUUUUGAUAUCUGUUUUUCCCAAAAGUGUCAAUACCCUGCUGAGUGCCCAAAACAUGGCCUUUAAGGUAACAACAGUUGAAAAAGCAAGACAAUAAAAAAGUGUAAAUUUGUUAUUUGGGAGAAUGAACAAAAUAACUAUACCACGAUUUUUAAAGGACAAUGCAAACUUGUUUGCUCUCGGUCAGCGAUGGUUUUCCUAAACUUUCAUUUGUUUCAGAGGAAAAAUAGAAUUACAUUUUGUACGGAAUUAA